AUGGAGCAUGUUUUUUCGGGACCCUCGACUCGUGCAGAUAAACCACAUAUAAAAAGCGCUGAAAUGGUGUCUGUAAUAGAUCCGGUUCACAUCACUUAUGACCCCAGAAGAGCCAGUCAGAAAAGACUUGAGACAGCUGCUUUGGAAUGCUCAAAACUGAACAAUAUUACGUAUUUUAGCAAAGGUUUAAAUAUACUAGUAUCUCACAAGUACAAAGUUACUGUUACAAGAAUUCCUAAAGCGGGGUCAACUACGUGGCAACAUGUUAUGCACGAAAUUGAUCCAGUCUCAGGCGAUCCUGAAAGCAGACGACGACUGAGUUCUCUGGCGCCACCUGAGUUUGAUCAGUAUGUUAGAGGCGUGUUCUUCCGAGAACCACUGGAACGGCUUGUGUCGUAUUACCAUUACCAUAUUUGUCCCCCUGGACCAGUUCCAACGCUUUACUUCCACCGCUAUUAUAAGUAUAUGAGAAAGGGACACGUGAAUGCCACUAUGAAUAAUAAACCGUACUUAACGUUUAUUCAGUUUGUACAGUUGGUUCUUGAUUAUGAUCAGAUACCCUCACAAUCAUAUCAUUGGCGACAUCAAUAUUUAUUGUCACGUAUAUGUGAGUUUAAUUACACUUUUAUUGGACACAUGGAUCACUUGGCUCAAGACGCCCCAUACUUCAUGAAUUUGGCAGUUGGAGACUCAUUUCAUUAUCCAGAGGUACACACGACAAGAGGUGAAAGUAGAUUCAGGGAAACAAUAUCAACCCUGUCCCAGAAAUUAAUUGAUCAACUUAUUGAUCACUAUAAGCUAGAUUAUAAAAUUCUGGGAUUUGAAAUUCCAAACUUUUCCAAGAAAUAG